UGAUAAAGAUUACUGGAAAUAACUGUUAACCUUUGAUAAUAGUUUAGAAUAUUUUGCCAUCCUUUUGGACACGUUCAAUAAAAAAUGACCCUAGAUUCGUACGAUAAACUGCUGGGAACAGUAACACAGGAGUACAAAAUUCUAGCCGAAUACAAACGAUUGCAAAACGAGGAUCUGGGUGGGGUUUAUGUGAUUCCAUCGUUCAAAAACAGCUUUCUGUGGUUUGGCGUGAUAUUCAUCCGUAACGGGCCUUACAAGGAUGGUGUCUUCAGAUUCACUAUAUCACUACCGGAGAACUUUCCGAAUGAUGGUACAGUUCCGACCGUAACCUUCCAAAGCGAAACUUUCCACCCACUCGUCUGUCCUUUCAACGGAACCGUGGAACUUUCGGAGGCGUUCCCGAAGUGGAAAAACAGCGAAAACCACAUCUGGCAGCUGUUGAAGUUUGUACAGUAUAUUUUCGGAAGCCUGGACGAAUUUAUGUCCCUGGCCGAGCAGAGUGCCAACAACGUCGCCCACGAGCUGUACCACCAGAAUCGAUCAGAGUUUCUCCAGAAGGUAACCGAAUGCGUCCGGCAGAGUCAAAACCAGCUGUACGAUGCUGCACCGAUUCAGGAUCGAAAUUACAUAGUGUUCGAGAAAUAUGAGCAAGAGAAGCACGGUUCGGUGUUGGAAUUGAUAAAACAAGGUCGAGGUAUUGAGUCCAGCACUCCGCCAUCCUCUGGGCUUUCUUGGGUGAAAGAAGGCGCCUUUCAACCAUUGAGCAAACAGCAAUAAUGAACAAAUGGCGUAUAGAACAAUACUUAUUUUGGGGAAAAUUAAAUAAUGCAAUCCGUACUAAUAUUUAUUAUGUCUACGAAUGAAAUUAGAAUGAACAAAUGCACCACGAUAAUAGUUUAA